AUGACUGCGUAUUUGUUCAUUUUUCUGCUAUGUGUCUUUAAAUGUUCGAGUGGAGAAAGUAAACUUAAAUUUGUCACGAUGUUAUAUCGACAUGGAGACCGUUCUCCAAUCAAAGCCUAUCCAACAGACCCAUACCAGGAGAAUGCAUGGCCACAGGGAUUUGGACAGCUUUCACAGGAGGGUAUGAGAGAGCACUUUGAGCUGGGCCAGUUUCUGCGACAACGGUACACAGGUUUCCUCAGUGAGAACUAUACACGCUUAGAGAUUACUGUUCGGAGCACAGAUCAUGAUCGCACACUGAUGAGUGCUGCCUCAAAUCUUGCUGGUCUUUACCCACCCAAUGGUUCACAGAUGUUUCAUCCUGGCUUAGAAUGGCAGCCUAUACCAAUACACACUGUUCCCCUGGAAGAUGAGCGGCUGCUCUCAUUUCCUUUACCGAACUGUCCUCUCUACCAGUUACUUGUAAAUGAGACAAAGAGAACUAAGUUCUUUCUUAACAUGACUGAGAUGUACAAAGAUUUCAUGGAGAUGGUGCAAAACAACACGGGGCUGAAUUUACCUUCCAUUGAGACAGUGUGGAGUGUGCAUGACACACUAUUCUGUGAGAAGAAACAUGGUAUGCGCCCUCCAGCCUGGGUGACUUCUGAAGUCAUGGAGAAACUAAAGGUGCUGAAUAACUUUAGCCUUCAGGUCAAGUUUGGCCUCUAUAAACGAGAGGAGAAAUGUCGGUUACAAGGAGGUCUCCUACUGGAUCAUAUUAUCAAAAAAAUUAUAGCUGUUGCAACUCUAAAUUCAACUGAGCAUCUAAAGAUGAUAAUGUAUUCAGCGCAUGACACAACCGUUGUAGCUCUGCAGGAAGCACUUAAUGUGUAUAAUGGAUUGCAACCACCAUAUGCCUCCUGUCACAUUUUUGAACUAAACCAGGAUGACAAUGGGUCAUUCUUUGUCGAGAUGUUUUAUCGUAAUGACAGCUCUGGGACUAAAGCAUAUCCUUUGACUUUACCUGGCUGUGCCCAACAGUGCCCUUUACAGGAGUUUAUUAAACUUACACGCUCAGUCAUUCCAACAGACUGGCACAAGGAAUGCCAAAUCAGCUCCUCUUCCAGCGGCAAUGAUUUUUUUGAUGACUAUCCCAUCGACUUUUAUGCACCAUUAUAGAUGUAAUCAUGUGAGUGAGGAUGACCUGUGAAGCAGCAGCUGCUAUCAAGUACAACACCAUUAACUGGAUUUACAGGCCAGACUGUUUAAUCUGUUGUGAAAAACAGGACCUCAGUGUUUUUUAUGGAAUGAAGUCUUUCUCUAAACAGAGGACAGAGAGAGAAUAUGUACCUGAUUCUUUGAAAUAUUCUUGUAAUACCUGCUGAAAAACCCA